GCACUCUUCUCUUUCUUAGGUCUCUCUCUGCCCUCUACUAGUGUCUCUAUCUCCUAGCAAACUCUCCCACUAUCUGCUUGUGUCAUUUCAUGAAAGGAAGCAAAAGCAAAACAGAAGCAGAGAGAAGGGUUAGGAGGGUAAAGGGUUAUUAGGAAAUCAGUGGGAGUGGGAGAGAAAGAGAGAGAGAAGGAGGGAGAUGAGGGGGGAGUAAGCCAUGUUUUGAGCACAGGCUACUGGCCGCUUAGACAAAAAAGAAUAAGAUAGAAACAGUGAGAGACAAGGAGACAAACGGCCAGCAAGACACAAGAUGGCUACAGUCUCUUCUGAUUUAAACGCUGUAGAGGGACCUUGUCUACCCAUGCGGCGCCUUUUAUUGUUGGGGUUCCAAGGCUCCGGUAAAACCUCAACAUUGAGUACCAUCUUGAGUCAAGAGAAAACCCCAUCUGACCAUUCCCAAACAGAGCAGCAUCAGCACUGUUUAGAUAUACUUAAUGGUAAACUGCUGGUCAUUGACACCCCUGGAUGGCAACUGGAAACUGGAGAUACAUCGUACGAGAGGGACUCCGAGAACCAGCAAUUCAUAAUUGAUCAAUGCUCUCCUGGUCCCCAUGCAGUUUUGCUGGUGGUUCCCAUUGGAGCCCCAUUCACUGAGCACCACUGGCAAGGAUUGUGGUGUCAGGUCAGGGCUCUAGGAGCAGGAAUAUGGAGGCACACCAUGGUUUUGUUCACCUUUUCGGACCAGUUGCCACAGGACAAGGGAGUGGAGGAAUUUAUUGUGGAUGGAGGGGCGGCACUGCAGAGACUGGUGGAAAGGUGUGGCUGCAGGUACCACACCUUAGAUAACACCAGCUCGGACAAUGGCACUCAGAUUGCUGAGCUUAUGCAGAAAGUGGAGGAAAUGGUGCAGGACAAUCAGGGUUGGUUCUUUGAGAUGGAUAGGCCAAACCUGGUGUUCGAGGAUGAAGCGAUUCAGGGGGAAAGAGAAGAUGAUGGAGUCACAGUGGUGGAGAGGACACCAGCAAUGUUUAGAUCUCCACCAAGAGAGUUACGGUUGCUGUUAGUUGGCUGGCGUGGAGCUGGAAAGAGCUCGGCAGGUAAUGUUCUGUUGGGCUGUCGUGCGUUUGAAUCAGGACGCCCCACAGAGGUCUCUGUCCGCCACCAAGCAUUCGUAGCUGGUCGGCGCCUCACGGUUGUCGACACACCAGGUUGGGAUUGGUUCUCCGUCCAACGCACGCCCAGCAACGUACGAAAACAAAUCAAACAAGGGGCGGGGCUUCUCCAUCCCGGUCCACACGCACUCUUAAUGGUCAUACCCGUGGUCUCCUCUCUCACUCCCAAAAAGAGGCAGGCCCUCAAGAGCCAUUUGGAAAUGUUUGGGGAGGAGGCGUGUCUACACACACUGGUUCUGUUCUCAUGUGGUGAUUGGCUGGAUGGCACAUCAAUUGAAGAUCAUAUCCAACAGGACGGAGGUGAGCUACUGAAACUGAUGAAGCAUUGCUGGAAUUGUUAUCAUGUGCUGGACUGUACCAAGGCCAACAAGGACAGGACACAGGUGACUGAACUCUUGCAUAAAAUAGAAGAAAUGGUGGCAGAGAAUGGACAGAAGCCUUUCUUACCUGUCAAACUGAACCAAGAACUAGACGAGGAGGAAACGAGUGGAAGAUGCACUCUGCAGUGAAGAAUGAGACAAUAUUGUGUGCAUGUCCAGAGCACACUUUAAAACAAUGUACCAUGAAGAAAGUGAAAAAAGAUGACAUUUUGGAUUCUGAAAAGAGCAUUUUUAUCCUGCAACUGAUCACACACAAGGUCAUUCAUACGUUUUGUAGAUCGAUAGAAUGCAAAUAUUAUAUUACAGGGACAUUACACUGCUUUUUAACUUCAUGGGAAAUAUGUUCUAUUUAUGUUUACAAUCAGUAUACAGAAGUGCAACCUAGGGCUUCUCAAGCAAUGUAGAUUGGUAAGCCACUGGACUUUCAUGAGUUAAAAAUUAAGAGCUAUUAGCUUGAAGCACUUGCUUUGAGUUAGCCACAGACCACAAAUCAGUUAUUUUCUUAUAUUGACACUGGCACAACAUGCACACAAAUGUAUUGAUACUGAAUAUUUGCUAGUUAUGUGAGAUGCAUAUUUGACAACAAACAGGCCAACUGAUCAAAAUUAUUCUCUCCAUUUCCAUUAUGUAUCGCAGGACUCUCAUACCCAAUAUUGUACAGUAUUUAUACAACCUGGAUACAUAACCUAUAUAUACCUAUUAUAUUAGGUUGUCUUGAUAACAGUGUAGCCCUAUUGACUAUUUAUACUGUUCCUAAUGCACAUUCAAUGUAAUGUUAGAAUGUAGAAUUUAAUUGUAUACAGUAUUCAUUGAAUUAUCACACAGUAGACGCACUGGAAUUAAGUGCACCUGAAAUAGUACUGUUCGGGAGUAUAAAUUGGUUUUCUUUACAAAGACUGAACUGAAUGUGCCAAUGAGUCUUUUGAAUGUAAUUUUAUGACUGAUAACCAUAACCAAAAAGGAGGGCACAAGUCAAUAUAAAGUUCCACCUUAGUGCUUCUGAACUGUACUAAUGGGUGGUGUUGAGCAUUUAGGCCCUAAUUUAGGGGCAUGGCUGUAUUACCUACCCACAAAUAUUUGGCCCAAUAUGACAAUAUACUAUGAAAACCCAAGUGCUUAGGCCCAAAUUAAGCCUCAAAUGUGUCUUUUGACUGGUAACAUGUACUUGGGAGCCCAGCUGACUCUCUUUUGUUAUUCACCUCAUAUUCUCAUAUUAAUAAAGGUAAUUUUACAGUGAAAUCUCUGCAUUGUGUGAGUGGUGUUUCUUAGGAUGCGGUUUCCUCAAAUCAGUCUCAAAUUCAAAAGGCCCACAAAGUGAAGAUUCCCACAUUUAACCACAAUCCAAUGUUUAUAACUAAUGUGUUGGGUAUUUGAUGCAGUCAUUCUUGGUCAAGUAAAACAAGUCUCAAUAAUAGUAUAGAUUCUUUCUUUGGAAUAAAGAAACAAGCAGGUUUUCAAGUCUUCCGAGCACCCUGAUCACUUUAUGUAGGA